AUGGAUAGGAUCAAAUGUGCCCCUGGUGUCGAUCUUACGACUGCGAUCGAAUUUCUUUACUGGACAUAUCCCCCAACAGCUGUGCAAUCUUGGCUACCUUCACAUCCUAGACCUUGCUCACAACAACUUUUCAGGAACCAUCCCCAAGUGUUUGAAUCAUCUGAGUGCUUUAACGCAUGGCAAUUUAGUGCCUAUGACUUAUAUUCAUAUUAUGACCAGCAAACAUCAGUGGUGAAAGUAACAGAACUCAAAUAUCAGUCGCAGACUUUGAUGUUGGUUAAAAGCAUUGAUCUUUCCUCGAAUAGCCUUGAAGGUGAAAUCCCUGAAGAAAUAUGCAGCCUCCUCCUGUUGCACAGCUUGAACUUAUCGAAGAACCAACUAAGUGGAAACAUUCCCUCAAACAUUGGAAGCUUGCAGUUGCUCGAAGUUCUUGAUCUCUCACGCAACCGCCUUUCAGGCUGGAUUCCUCAAAGUCUUUCAUCUUCCACCUUCUUGUCUCACCUGAACUUGUCCUAUAACAACUUGACUGGUAGAAUUCCGUUGGGAAACCAACUCCAAACCCUCACAGAUCCAUCCAUUUAUAUGGGUAACCCAUCAUUGUGUGGGGUUCCUCUGUCAACUAAGUGUUCCGAAGAUGAUCACACUCCUACAAAGACAAUGAUCAUGAAGAUACACAUGAUAAGUUGUGGUUCUAUAUUAGCAUGGCACUCGGCUUUAUCUUAG